CAUACUCAACUGGGACCCUCCAUGGAGCGUACGUCAUACCCGUGAGGGUAGGGAUUAUCGUACCGGGGGCCGGGAAACAGUCACCAUGGCCCAAGCUAAAUACAUAGGGACGGAGAAGGUUUCAUCACCCGGCGUCGACGGCCCAAACCUUGUGGAGGGACGAGAUGAAACUAGCGGGAUUCCUCAUCUACAUUUCUCAUUCAUCAUACAUUCGUUCAUUCCACGUCGUUUCCUAGAAGUUCAAUACGCCAUAAAGACAGCGACGGUGUUUGGCUGUUUCGGAGAGGGGAUGCGUCUACCCUCUAUUGUCCACGAAAGAGAGGAUGGAAUCUUUGUCAAGAAGAAGUUUUGCAAAGACCCGGAUGUAUUGUUUUAUCAUACUAAGGAUGUUGUACUGGGAUUUCCGGGAUCCAUUGAACCUGAUAACAGUAACUAUGUGAUUUCUACGGAGAGUGUGCAUAUAGGUUAUUGUCGUCUUAAGGUACUAGACAAUGGCAACAACAUGGCACAUUUAGACUUACAAGUGAAUAAGAAGGGGGUGACCUAUCUCAGUAAUGCGAAGUCAAAGAAGAAGUUUGAGGAGAGACUAAAUAUGAAUAAAAGGGCUAUAGAAUCUAUGUUAGACUCGCUGAUGAACCAAGGAACUAAUGGAUUUGAUAUGAAAUUCAGUGAUGUAUUUUCUGGCGUUCCUGCUAAGUCUUUAGAUCUUGGCAAUCGUCCUCAUACAACGAUGGGAUUGCGCGGGAUGCUAGCAAGUUCGAAAAAGGACCGUGAAAGUAAGGUGAGAGCCGAUCAGGAAAGCGGUCUAAUAAACGAAGUGGAGUCAGACGAAGUCGGACACGAGCUUGCAUUUUCGUAUCCGGCUUGGCCUCCGAUGGCGGGAGAAUUCCAGACGAGGAAACGUCCGAAUAACUGGCCAAGCAAGGGGACGGUUGAAAAGGUGUUAGCCAUGGGAAUUCAUAUUGUUCCCAUGGCAAAUGGGGCCUCUUCUGCGGCCGACAUCGAGUGGCGUAUGUCGUUCGCCGCGGCGGAAAAGAAGCUAAUUUUAGAAGAAAUAGACGAUUCACAGAGACAGUGUUAUCUGCUGUUGUACCUUCUUUGUCUACAUACUUUCUCCGAGGGAUUAAUUCUGCCCUCUCACCUAAAGGCUGCAUUCCUUUACACGUGUGAAGAAAUUGAUCCGCGGAUGUGGCAUAGAAAUCCCGCACACAGCUGUUUCGUCGUUUUCGACAGGAUUAUAGACGGUGUUAGGCAGAAAAAUAUACCAUGUUAUUUCCUCAGAAAGAAUAAUAUGAUUGACCACCUUUCUGAUCUUCAGUUGUCUCAACUUGAAAGGAGACUGAUGAGCAUACGCAAGAGCCCAGCCGAAGAGUUAUUUUCUCUGGCGGAAAACUACACCCUCCUGGAUGUUUUCCCCUAUAAUAUUGACAUUAAGAGUGUAUUUGCUCCGACCAUGGGGGAUGCCAAGAAAUACGAAAACAAGGGCCAGGCACCGGAUGCUGUGGAAGUGUUUCUCAAGACAAGUAACACCAUAAGCAACGGAUUCUACCAUGAGUUCGGAUAUGAUCAUUGCGCCUCCAUUCUGGACGACAUCGUGGAUUACUUGGUGGAUCCGGUGUUAGGUCAUAAAGAGGCUGAGAAACAACGGGAGUACAUCCCGCAUCUCCUGAACCAGAGGAAUAUUGAAUUCAGCAACGACAUCUCUCCAAGUGAGAUCUGGAAACCAAUCACAUUCAGUCGUUAUCUGAUCCGGAGAUACGUGGAGGGAAACACGGGAUCUGGACUUUUCGAGCAUCUUGCAUGCUUGUAUCACGCGGCGGCGAACAUAUUCAAAGAGAACAAAGUACCGCUCCUUCGCGAAGCUGACGAGAUGUUCCAACAAGCACUUCAUCGCGAAGGAGAAGGACACGGGCCGGGGAUGUUCGUCGAAUAUGCGCAGUUCCUGUGUUCUUCUGGCCGGCACGAGGAGGCAGUUCCUCAUCUUUUGACGGUUAUUUCGAGUGAAAGCGAAAACCCAGUAUGCGCAAAUUACUACGGGCAGAUGGAGAUAUAUGUUGUCGAUGACUUCGUGAGAAAGGAAAUCGAAGUGAGAGGCUACGUGGAGGUUCUAUCUAUUGUGUACGCCUAUUAUCUCCUCGUCGACAGCUUUGUUCAGCUGAAGAAGCAGAAGGGUAUGUCCGGAUUGGUCAAUGAUUUCGAACAGCUGUGUGAGCGUUUAAAAGACUCGAUGGCGUUUUCAUUAUUUGGUUAUGCUAUGAAGAAGGCCGGGGAUAACAGUCGCGCAGGUAAGGCCUUUAAGAAGGCAGUAGACCUGGAACCGUCAAAUAAACUGGCCAAAGUUCAGAUUUCUGCAAAACCGACGCCAACAGGAAGUGACGUAAUUCCGAAAACUGGGAAUGGUGGCAAAUUAGUUAAAGCAAAUGGAAGCGAUGGGAACAAAUCCGACAGCGGAAGUGGAAGUACCGGUAGUUCGAAAAAGAGUUCUGGGAGUGAUGAUCGUAAAUCAAAAGCCGGCUUAGUGAAAAAAGGAAGUCGCAAAGGAAAAAAGAAAUGACGUCACUCCUGUUAGCCAUAGAUCCAUAUCCUAACAUUAUUUGAGUUCGAUCGUUUCCUGUUCCUUGAUUUGAUGAUGUCAGUUUCUGGCAAAUACUCGUCUAACGUGUACAAUAUAAUGGGUUGAGUUGUAUCAACAGAAAGUUAAAGGUCCGGAAUAUGAUUUGUUUUAUAAAAACGAACGUGUGUAAAGGAGAUAUUUAUCGAGCAACUGCCACCGCAUUGUCGGAAGACACUCACCAUAUAUAUUUUUGCUGUAUACGGCAGUGACGGAAAACAGCUGUAUUUUGGAAUCUUAGCACGUGCGUCAGUUCGACUGACCUACUUCAAAGUGAAACUACGUUUAAAAGGCGAACAUAUUUGUCAUUUUUGACACCGUUACACUUCAAAAUGAUUAUUUUUGAUGAUUAUUUUUUAUUGUUGCAGGAUAAAUACAAUACAUGGUCAGUGUCUUAAAAUGUAAGCUGUAUUUUCGGCUCGGGACAGAAAGGACAAAAGUGGCUCUUUCUUUACCCUCGCCAAAACAAAGCUUAUAUUUUAAGACACUGAGCAUGUAUUCUCUAUAUAUUAGUGCGAAUUUUUUAUGAUAGAUGUUUUUCUUCUUCUUCUUUUCGCGAGACAUUUUCAGCUUAAGAAGAUAAACAAGUAAGCGAAAAACGAUUUCUUUCACGGACCUUCUUUUUGGGAUUGCUGAAUUAAUAGUAUUUGUAAAUGAUACAAUGUACCAAAUAAAUCAAAUAAUCCCAGUUCAUUGGAGAAACUUAUUCUGUCCAAUAGUGAUUCUGACCGGAAACAGUAGUCUUAUGGCAGUCAUGAGUAUAUGAAUGAAAUAGCUAGACCCGUGUAAUAUCUCUUUAUAACACUGUACUGACUUUAAAGGAUGUGAUACUGGUUUUAUAACACAUCGUGAAACGAUUCCUUACGAGGUCUUGACCAACUAUUUACGCACGUCGGAGUAUACAAAUCGUGUAGGUAUCCGACCACAAUCCAAGAUUACAUCACUUGGUGUACUGAACAUGGUUAGAGAAAUGCUUGUAGUGAGUGAUUUGUCAAAUCAAUGUCGAUGUAACGCUUGUAGAUAUAAGUGUUAGCAUUUGCGUCGUAAACAUUUGAAAUAUAUUACAGUGACAGCUUUUAACUUAAGGUAUUUUCCUUUUUUGAUAUUCGAUAAUUCAGUUCUCCUGAUUGAGACACAUAUUAUAUUUAGAAGGCCGCCAUUGUCGUCUAUGCAGCUAUAUGUAUAUAUCAAACAACUUGCUAUCUUUAUUAUUUUUGAAAAGUGCAAUGUCCAUAUCGCCUAAAUAAUGCCAUACCAUUUGAUUUCCUUAAGAGCUUACUGCUUUUGUUAAUAUAAUAAUUUAUAUUUGUCUGGUGUGCUUGUAACGUUUUAUUUUCAUAAUACAUGUAUUACAAAUUGCAUCAAAUUCAAAACACUCCUAAAGGGAGGUAACCCAUAUAUUUUCCUUCAAAGUGUUAUGUAUUUUUUAUAUUUCCAAUCUACAUCAAUCAUAACCUUAACAUAAUUUUAUAUCUGAUAACUGAGAUAAUAGAUUUUUUUUUCAAGUGAAAUCAGGUUAAUACAAUAGAUAUUGUUUUCAUUUUUUUUUCUUUCAAAAAUUGAUAAAUACAUUUAUGUACAUGUACAUAAAUGUAAAAGCAAAAUAUGAUAUUAAUUUUUAUUUCGGUUUUUAAAACAUGUGAACGUUAUCAGCUUCAGUUGAGUUUGUGCGUGUGUUUUGCGUGAACUUGAAAUUGUGUUCGCUUUUUGGUUAAUGUUUAAUUUAUUUGAGAUGCUCCAUCCAUAUUAAAAUUGUCAAAUAUAAA